CGGCGGCUGACCCAACCCACGCGGCACGUUGCGCGAUCGCGUCAUCGCAUCCCUGCCCCCGUCGGGCUGAGAGGUUGUCGAUCCCGGACGACAAGAGGUUGAGUUCUGCAGUGUGACAGAGCAGAAUGGCUGAGCAACUUCAUAGCAUCAACCUCCAGAAUUUCAGCAGAUCCCUUCUGGAAACAUUGAACUCACAACGUCUGGGUGGCCAUUUCUGCGAUGUGACAGUGCGUAUCCAUAACACGGCUCUCCGAGCCCACCGCUGUGUCUUGGCUGCAGCUAGCCCGUUUUUCCAUGACAAACUCUUGCUAGGUUACAGUGAGAUUGAGGUCCCGCCUUUGGUCUCAGCCCAGACUCUGCGACGACUGGUUGAUUUUAUGUACAGUGGGUCACUGAUGGUCUCCCACGUGGAAGCUCUACAGAUCCUCACAGCAGCGAGUGUCCUUCAGAUUAAAACCAUCAUUGAUGAGUGUACACGAAUUAUUUCACAAAACGCCCCGCAAAAAGCUCAGGGGGACCAGUCAUUAGCCAGUCAAAAGCUGGAUCUUUCUGAUGAGAAAGAAGCUGUCCUUUGCCAGACAUCCGGUGACCAGAUCCACAAGUUUCCCAUGGGGUUCAUUGAAACAACGUUGUCACCCCACUCAGCUGAGAGAGAAUUUGACUUUGUUCAGGGAUGCUCAAAGAACGCAGCCUCAACUGAUAGCGGGUACAAAGCUGAAGAAAUGCUCCCCACUCUGUGCAGGCAACAAACAGCAGCACGCCAGAAGGGAACAGGAGAGCAGGCCACGUCUGACCAGGAGAACCUGUCGCUCAUGGACUCCAGUCGGAACAGUGAGGUGCGUGCACUUUGGUACAAUGCUGCAGCCAACCAGCGACCCGAGGUGGGGCUGUUGCCACAAGGCAGUCACAGUCGCAAGCAGCGGCAGCCAAUCAGACUCCAAAUGGCUGAUGGAAGUGAAGUGACCAUCAAAGAGGAGGAUGAUGAUCUUCUUUACUGUGGGGAGAACAUCACUGCACAGACUGUCUCCAAUCAAACCACAGAGCAGGUCAACCAGGGCGAACAGACUGAGGAAGUCCCCGAAGCAAAUGCCUUUGACCCCAACCAGACUGCAGUGGGAGACCGAAGAGACUCUGGCAGUCAUCUGAGUUUGAGCAACAAAGGGGAAGAGAUGGAAUUUUUCAAUGCUAGUGACCUCUUACCGGAUGAACUGAAGUCAUUCUGGCAAGGAGAGAAAGAGGAGAAGGACACUGCCAUACAGCAAAAUCGCAAAAUGGACUGCAAGUCACAGCUUGAGGCCUCAUUCCCGCGGUCUUCAACAUUUAUACAAGACUUCCUUCCAGGUUCUACCAUGCAAUCCAACCUACGUAACCAGGGCUGCUCUGCACAAUAUGAAGUUCAAGGAGAUGCCACCGUGGCCAGCACAACUACUCACCGCAAUCUCUACCAAAUUGGCCUUCCCCAGUCUCCUCACCUUCCAACGUUGGCCUCCACUUCCCAAACCUGUAUGUCCAGCAUUCCGGCUCAGACAACAUGUCAGAAUCCCCCGGUAUUCCCAGAUGGAGUCCAAGCAGUGCCAGCUCCAGCUCCAGCUCCAGCCAGCCAGGUUCCCAGUGAAGCUGAGCGGAAACCCUAUGGAUGCACACAAUGUGGGAAGACUUUCAGCUCCAGACAGAACUAUGCCAAGCACAUGUUUGUUCACACAGGACUUGCAUGACUGAUAGUAGUGAAAACCACGAGGAAGCUACAGACACGAUGAAGGAAGCCCUGAACACCGCCAGAGAUGGAGGACCUUCAUUCUUCCUGGAACGCCGGCAGUGUAAUGGGCAGUUACAUUCCACAGCACAGAAAGAAGCCAAUCUUUAUCCAUGGCAGUUUUGUGUAGAGCAAGAAUGUGUCUCACUUUGCUCCUCUUAUCCCAGAGCCUUGCAAUUCAGUUUCUCCCCCAAAUGUUUAAUUAUUCCCUGUUUGACCUCUGUUUGUACCUUCCUCAAAGUUGGUUAAUUAGUUAAAAAAAAAAUAAAAACACAAAAUGCUGGCAGAACUCAGCAGGCCAGACAGGAGACCUGACCUCCUGAUAAAGGGUUUCGGCCCGAAACGUUGUGACUACCUCCUCCCAUAGAUGCUGUCUGGCCUGCUGAGUUCUGCUGGCAUUUCGUGUUUUUAUUUAUUUCCAGCAUCUGCAGAUUCACUCGUGUUGCCUUUGGUUAAUUAGUUACUGUUCAUUACGCUGCCUGCUUUUAGGGCAACUAUGAAGGUACUUCAUCUCUGUUUGUCCUUGACCGUCUUCUCUAUUGUGCCCCAGGUGCUAUUCAGGAUUCUCAUUUCUGCAUCUGCAGCGCAGCAUCAAGUUGUCUUUGGUUUCCCGCAUUUCCUCUGCCCUUCAGGGGUUCAGUGAAUUGCUGUCUGAAUUAUGAAGUUGGCCUCUCUGCUGAUACAGUCCAAAACCCAAAUUUGGUCUUGGUCUUGGCAGUGUUCAGGGCUUCCUUCCAUAUUUAUUUUACCUGUCUGGGUUGUUUGCCAGUCGAGGACCUGUGGGUCACUCUUAGCCUGGCCUCAAUCCUUUGACCAGUUUGGCAUGGGUAACUCUAACAAGAGUCAAAGCAUAAAGACUUGAAUCCAACCAACAUAGCUCUCCAGAUCAUUGAGACACCCGAGCCUCCAAACCCUACGACAAGGUUUUGGUCCACUUGGAGGACCUUCCUCAAAGGUAGUGAUCUAAAUCAUACUUAGCAUUUUUAGAAAGAAACUAUGUCCUUGCAUCCCCCUGGGAUUUUUUCACUGUAACUGUAAAUCUGCAAAUGCUUGUCCUUGAAUUAUCCACUAAUAACAACAGCUUUUAUUUCUGUUUAUCCUGCCUAAGGCUGUCAACCAAAGCUCUCAACAUUCAAAAACAACCUCAGUUUCUUCAUCCUAACUUUGUUACUGAAAUUCCUAACCUCUACAACUGUUAAACAUUUUCUGCUGGAUUUUCACAUCCUUCUUAUGGGAACCAGAAAUGGACACAAGAUUCCACUUGUAGCCCUAGUAAUUUAUCCCAACUUGGCAAUCCAUUUGUCACUAUAGUAGGGGAUAUCAUCAGUGCGCUGUUCACUUGUGGCAUGUCCUCCAAAUGCUCGGCCAUUAUAUUCUUAUCACAUAGUUGAUAGGUCAUCAUUACAGAAACUCAUUUGUGAUGUAGGGAGAGGAUCUCGUUGACAGAUGGCUGCGUGGCAAACUCUGUGCGUUGUCUAGAAUUUUUGCUCGCAUUGGCUUAUAAAUGGGAUUGAGGUCUACAUGUCUGUUUAUAGAAUUAUUUCCAGGAGGCCACACUUCUAGGAAUUCUCUAGCAUGCCGCCAUGACUUUCACUGAUGCUCAGUCAAAUUCAAGUUUCCGUAAUAAUGACCAGUCAACUAAUUGAUAAGUAUAUAAUGGCCGAGCAUUCCAAGGACACACCACAAGUGGACUGCACACUGAUGGUGUCUCCUUGCAUGAUGACGGAAUGUUUGCAAAUAGAUCAACCACCUGAGCUACACAUUUUCCAAGUUAUUUCCAAAGUUUAUCCUAACAUCCUUGCUUUUGUAUUCCGUGUCUUUGAUGUAACUACAUUUACUUUGUUAAUGCUCUCUCAGUAAGAACUGCCACUUUCAAGGAUUUUUGUACUGUGUCCCUGGGUUCCUGAACACCAUUUAAAAAUGCCACACAUUAUAGUCUCUCCUCAAUCUUUCUGCCAAACUCCAUGGCCUUAUACAUUCCUGAGGAAGGGUCUCGGCCCAAAAUAUCGAUUUCAUCUCCAUAGAUGCUGCCUAACCUGCUGAGUUCCUCCAGAUUUUUGCGUGUGUUGCCUUGCUUUAUAGGCGUUGCUUCUCAUUUGUCACCUGUGCACUUUACUUGAGCUCACUCUUAAUCCCCUGAGUUCUGUGGCUUUUGCAGACUGAAAUUUAUCUAACUCAAAACCUUAUCUAACUCAAAACAAAACAAUGGUCCCAACACUGAUUCUGGGGAACAGCAAUGCUAACAAUCCUCCAUUCUGGAAAAAAAUACAACUUAUUUUAAUUAAUUCUAUCACUAUGCAAUGUUAUCAAGAUUGGAUUAAGUAAUAAGUCUUAAUGAAUAUUGGAAAAUAUAAAAAUAAAACUCCUUCCCAACCUUUGUGACACAAUUUUUAAAAAUUCUUUCCUUGAUCCUUGAUGAGACCCAGGCUCCAAAGAUAGCAACUAUCAUUGACAUCCAGGUGCCACAAACACUGACUGAAGAGUUCCAAAGACACUAGCUAGAAUUCAGUUCCACAAUCACUGACUCUAGGUGACGGAUUCCCCACGCACUGACUAUCUUUGGUAUACGGUGUUCAAAAUUAGUGACUCUCACUUGAGGUAAUAUUCCACAGAUGCUGACUCUCACUAUGGUAUAGGCUUCACUAACAUCAGGAUAUUAGUCAACAGGCCAUUGAUCUGUUGGGUUCAUUGGUCCACUGGAUCACCUAACCUCUCUCAGUAAUAACUAAAAUGUGAUUCAUGUUGGGAACCCUACUACCGUGAGCAACUUAGGAUGUGGCUCUGGGGAAAUCCCUGUGACCUACCCUUUACCAUGUGUUUUCUGUGAAUUUGCAUGGCAGCUGCAUUAAAUACUUGGUUCCAAAACUAAAGGAGGUAAACUUUAACACAGGUAGUUAUCUCUGUAACAUCUGCUGUGACCAAAGGGAUCUGGGUAACCUGUGGACAGCUGUGCCUGUUACACUCAGCAGUAACGUGGGAUUAGAAGGACAAAAAUUCAAAGUAGAUUUUAUUACCAGAGUAGAUGUAUGUCGCCAUAUACAACCCUAAGAUCCAUUUUCCUGAGGGCAUACUCUGCAAAUCUAUAGAAUAGCAACUAAAGCAGGAUCAAGUGCAGUAGACAACAAACUGUGCAAAUGCAAAUAUAAAUAAAUAGCAAUAGAUAGCAAGAAUGUGAAACAGCAAGAUAGGGCAUCCUUAAGGUGAGAUCAUUGGUUGUGGGAAUAUCUCAAUGGAUGGACAAGUGAGUGUAAUUUGUUCAAGAGCCCGAUGGUUGAGGGGUAGUAACUGUUCCUGAAUCUGCUGGUUCAAGUCCUGAGGCACUCGUACCUUCUACCUGAUGGCAGCAACAAGAAGAGAGCACAGCCUGGGUGGUGAGGAUCUCUGAUGAUGGACCCUGCUUUUCUAUGACUAUGUUUCAUGUAGAUGUGUUCAAUGGCUGGGAGGCCUUUACCCGUGAUGUAUGAAGAGAUAACUGUUGGUGUUAGUAAAUGGGGAGGAACGUGACUCUUCCAACAUAUGGUUCAAAGUGAGUACUGCACAUGGUCAGUCCACCUUUGCAGUGUUCUCAUGUUCUGAGUGUACAAUGAAUCCAUUCGAUGUUACUGAAAAGCAAAAGAUGCUUGAAGCUUGAAUGGCCAGAAGCACAGAUGGAAAUGUAUGAAGAGUUCCCCAGUUUUCAGACUGAGGAAUGAACAAUGAAGUAAGAACCAGUGAAUUUCUUAGGUGCCUGUAAGGAAAGCAACCAGUCACAAAUGUUAAAGUGCCAACAAUCAAGAGUCUUAUUCAAAAUAUUGAUUGGAAUUAUAGAAAGACCACAGUACAGUACCACCACUGCCAACUAGCAUUGUGGUUAGCACAACGUUUUAUAGUACGAGUGACCUGGCUGUUCAAUUCCUGCCACAGCCUGUAAGGAAUUCAUAUGUUCUCUGGUAACUGUGUUUUCUCCAGGUGCUCUGGUUUCCUCCCACAGACCAAAGAUGUACCAGCUGGUAGGCUACCUGAUCAUUGUAAAUUGUCCCAUGAAUAGGCUGGUGUUAUAUUGGGGGUUGUUGGGCAGCGUGGCUGAAGGAUUGGAAGGGCCUAUUUCACGCUAUAUCUCAAUAAAUAAAUAAACUCUACCAGAGCAAAUCAUUAGUUUCAACCCCCAACUCCUCAAAAGAUAAGCAGUCACUGGGGGAAGCACCUUGUUCUUUGAGCUAGUUGUGUGGGAUCUUUUAUAUUCAUCUAAAAGAGCAGACUGAACCUUGGUUUGGCAAUUAAUCUGAAAGACAGCAUCUUCAAGGGUGCAGCAGAGUGGAGUGUUAGCCAUUUUCUAAAAUUUAUUGAGAUUCAGCGUGGAAUAGGUCCUCCUGGCCCUUCAAGCCAUGCUGCCCAACGACCCCCGGUAUAACCCUAGCCUAAUCACAGGGCAAUUUACAGUGACCAAUUAACCUACCAACCGGUGUAUCUUUGUAUUGUGGGAGGGACCCAGAGGUAGGAAUUGAACCCCGGUCACUGGUAAUGUAAAACAUUGUGCGAAGUGUUAUUUAAAUCCAUGAGCUCUUGACUUGAGUGAGAGAACUAACCAGUAAUUUCUAGCAUGAAUUUUUUCUUAUAUAGCAUGGAGUAGGCCCUUCUGGCCCUUUGAGCCAUGCUGCCAGAAAACCCCAACCUAACCCUAGCCUAUUCAUGGGGAAACCAACUACCCUACUGUCCGGUACGUCUUCGGGCUGUGGGAGGAAACUGGAGCACCUGGAAAAAACACAUGCGUUCACAGAGAGGACAUACAUGCUUAGUUCCCUCUGAGCUGUGUGGGUGCACAGCCACUUUGUAGACACACACAGUUGGAGUUUUCUUAUGUAUAAUAUUAAUUUAAAGUACCACACAGUUUUCAGGCCAUGUAAAAAUUUCCUGCUGAGAGCAAAAGUUGGUUUACACAACUGUUUAAAACAAAAAGAACAUUGCAGAGGACGCCGGGAUUGAACUCCUAACUCUUGACAUCCCGAGCUGUAAUGGCGUCACACUAGCCGCUAUGCCACCGUUAUACUAUGAUACAAAGAGAAUGUGUAAUAGGUGGAACACAAGGAAUGAAAGUAAAUGUUUAUGUAGAAUAAUAGAUUCCUGUGAAUAAUCAAGUUCAAUUCUGCAAAUGCUUGAAGAUGUCAGUUCCUUCAAAUCAGUUGUCCGCAUUUGUAACACUUUGCUCAUUAUUAAUUUAGUUGCCAUUACCAGCUCCUUGGCUGGUCUUGCAGUACUAAUUGUGCAAAUUCUCAGUAUCUUCCCUCUCCUCUCUUGAAGGAAUACAUAAACUCAGGUCUGGUGUUCUGCCAAGUCACCAUCGGUCCUUUAAGCGUAGUACUUAGUUGCAGGACAUCUCUCGCCAGGCCUGACAUUUGACCAUUUCCCAGCUGUGAUGGCCAGUAGUCAGCACAGGACCUGCCUGCCUCUUGGCCUCUCCCUAACCCUGGGGUUGAUGAUACUACCCUCGUGCAAAGGGGGAUGAGAGGCAAACUUGAUCGAGGUGUGUGAGGUGAUAGAGGCAUAGAUAGAACAGCCAACACAUUUCUCCCAGGCGGCAAUGGCUUUUUACCAGAAGACAUCUUUUUAAGGUCAUUGGAGGAAAAUUUAUAGUUAGGUCUGUUUACACAGAGAUUGGCGGGUGCCUGGAACACAUUGCCCAGGGUCACGAUAGAGUCUUAUACCAUAGGGACAUGUAAGAGACUCUUAGAAGGCACAUGGAUGAAAGGAUACAGGGUUAUGUGCUGUGUAGGAGGGAAGUGUUACAUUAACCUUGGAGCAGAUUAAAAAGGUUGGCACACCACUGAGGGCCAAGGGGUCGGUACUCAACUAUGUUCCAUGUGCGUGCAGACUCUAGGGUAGGAAGGUUUGUGUGAAUUUGUGGGCAGUUUGCCUCAUUUUCACACCGUUGGUGUGUUAAUGCAGCUUUCACUGCUGACUUAGUGGUUUUGAUCGCUGUUAUUUUGUGCAGUUGAAGUCUCUGAUUUACUGACGUCUUUCCUCUCCCCACCUC